AUGGCUUCCGACGGCCUCGACGCGGGUCCGCCUCCAAACUCAAGCCUCCUCGACCUCCCCUUCAACAUCCAAAAGCUCCGCGCACAAUUCUUCGCCCUCGACGCGCCGCUGACCAUGACCCUCUCCGAAUUCCACGCCUCCUGGCGCUUCCUCGACAACAUGUACGUGAAGAACCAGACCCGCCGCACGGAAACCCGUAUUACCGAAUACUACUGGUGCCGACUCUGGCGGAAAACAGCCCAUCAGUCGCGGGUCGCGCCCGAGGAGCGCAAGCGCAAGCGGACGAUCCGCGAGGCGGUCGGGUGUCCCUGCCGCGUGAAAGCGGUCACCGAGGGUGCCAUGAUUACGUUUUCCCGUCUCGCGGGCGGACACAACCACGAGUACUCCGCGCUGGAGUACAAGGUGACCUCGGGGGUGCGGGAGCUGGCAGCCAAAGAGGUGAGCAAGGGGUACAAGCCGAGUGAGAUUGCGCAGAUCUUGAAGAGCAAAGGGAACGGGAACGCGGAGACCCUGCUGGCGGCUGGUGGGAGCGGGUUGAAACUGAAAGAUAUCCGCAAUGCGAUGCAGUCGCGGCGACGGUCGAUGCCGCCGGAGCGCCAGAGGCCGGAAACGGCGAUGGAUGAGCGGGAGGCUAGGGCGGCGGCGUUGCGGGGGGAGCGGAUCCGCGAGGUCCUGGAUAACUUGCAUCGGAAAUACCAUGAGCUGGAGACGUUGACGGCCCAGUGGCCUGCGCAGGCGCGGGACCAAGCGAUAGAUAGUUGGACCCGGGAGCUGGAUGAGCGGACGCGGGUGCUGCGGCGGGAGUCACUGGACCAGGCCAUGGAUCGGGUACGGCCCCCGUUCCAGAGGGCCUUGAUAGUGGUCCAGCCUACAAUGGGAGGGCAAACUCCGACUGCAGCACCUCAAUCCGGCCCGGUUGAUCCUGCUGGCACCGUAGGCCCCGUAGGUCCAGUAGGGAAUCGCGUAGAAGAGGAAACCGCGGAGUAA